ACAAAUGCAAGCGUCACGUGAGCACGCAGGCUAAUUAAGCGUCUCCUGGUCGCUGCAAAUCGCGGCCAUGGACGACGGGGACCUGGACUUCUCCUCCAUGUCCAUGGGCAGCUACUUCGACGACUUGCUCGGGGGCACGGCGGAGCACCUCGCGUGCUGCACCCACACCCACACCUGCAACCCGCCCGCCCACGACCUCCCCCACACCCACACCUGCCACCACGUCCACUCCAAGUUCGCCGCCUCCGCCUCCUCCGACGCCGCCGCCGACUCCCCCACCGAGCCGGAGGACGCCCACGCCACCUCCCGGAGCAAGAAGCGCCGCCCCUCGGGCAACCGGGCGGCCGUGCGCAAGUACCGCGAGAAGAAGAAGGAGCACACGGCGGUGCUGCAGGAGGAGGCGGCCCGUCUGAGGGCUAUGAACGAGCAGCUCACCAAGAAGGUCCAGGACCACGCCGCGCUCGAGGCCGAGGCGGCCAGGCUCCGCUGCCUCCUCGUCGACGUCAGGGGCAGGAUCGAAGGGGAGAUCGGCGCCUUCCCUUACCAGCGGCGACCGGCCAAGGGCGACGGCCCGGGCUCUGCUGGCCCGGUCAUGAUGAGCUCAUGUGGCUUCGUACGAACCUGUGAACAGCCUCCUGUUUGUUUUCAUCAUUAGUAAAAGAGUAGCAACAGAAUUUUACUUUGGAUACGUUGCCUUCUGAGAUAAAUUUUAUGCCAUUGUCGUUUUCUUUUUAUAAAAAGCCUUCUUGGCUAGCUUUAUUUCCAUUCAAUCA